CAUGACAACAUAGAAAAUCAAAACUAGACACAACCCCGUCACGCCCUGACCUACUCUACCAUAGAAAAUAAAAGCUUCUAUGGUCAGGACGUGACACACAGCUAGCACUGCGCCACUCGGGAGACCCCUGAGUCUAUUUAUUCUAGGCCAUAAAAAGGGACCUUGACCGAGAGGAGUAUGUAAACUAUUUCCUGUAAUUGAGUAAACAGCUGGGGUUUUCUAAAUAAAUAUAUACAACAAUUAAAAACAAUCAAUUGUACAGAUUUGAUAAAUGCAUACUUCACAACCAGGAUGUGAACAAAGCAUCAAAACAACUGCAGUGAAUCAUUUGAACUAUUUCAAAAGUCUUGAAAUAACCAGGUAAAAACUAACAAAAAAUGGCAACUUUAAUAUUAAAUGGUAACCUGUGAGAUUAGGUUAAUAACAGGAAAGAUUUCCAUUGUUGUUUGUGUAGAUGGUGCAAGUAAUGAAAUUAACAUCAUUUCUAAAUUUGCAAAUGUAAUAAUUAGGGACCAAUUAUUAGCAAGUAUCUACCAAAUGAUUUAAUGAAAGCCGCUGAGAAAUGCACCCAGGUAAAUGAUACCAUACAAGCACAUACAGUGGAAUGUUUGCGGAGUCAUAAUAUGCAGUACACUAUGUAUAGAGUUUAACAUCAGUUUCAGUAUUGAAAACUUGCUUCCCACGUGAUCUUGUUAAUCAUGUAGAGCAAGGUAUAAGGAGGAUGUUUCAGAGAAAUGGCUUGCAUAUAAUAAUGACAAUGUAGUCAUUCAUAUGACUUUUGGACUAUGGAAAAAAUAGAAGGGUUUAGCACGAGACAUAUUGACAAAUAAUGAAACUGAAAGAUCCGUAACAUGACGGUAGUGCGUACGGCCCAGUACAUCACUGGGGCUAAGCUGCAGUCAUAAACUGUUCUCUCUACUACCGUAUGGCAAGCGGUACUUGGAGCGCCAAGUCUAGGACCAAAAGGCUUCUCAACAGUUUUUACCCGCAAGCCAUAAGACAUUUGAACAGAGAUGUAUCCACCCAAUAUAUGUGGGCGUCACUGUCUGGGGCCCCUGUCGUUCCACAAAGGGGCCUUGGGGACCAAUGUGUGUCUGAGUCUGGGAGGUAGACGUGUGGAGAGGGACAGAGAGACCUUCCAGAAUGGUCUGACUUUCAGCAGUCGUCCAAUCAGGGUCCAGGAGAAGAUACAUCUGCGGGUGGAAUGUUGUGACCAACACUGGCAUGGAGCUCUGCGGCUGGGCUUCACCAUCAUACCCCCCUCCUCCUCUGGGCCCCUCUUCCCUCCUGCUAUGGCCAUCCCUGACCUCACAACCACCUAUGGGUACUGGGCAUCCACCGUGCCCUCCAGCCUCAUCAUGCCAGGGGCAGAGCUCCGCUUCUGGGUGACCCCUCGAGGAAUCCUGGUUUACGAGGGGCCAAAUGGUUUGAGGUACAAGCUACUGAAGGGGGUGGAUGUGACACGCCCCCUGUGGGCCAUGAUAGAUGUCUACGGACAGACCAGAGCUGUGCUCCUAUUGGGAUCAGAAAAGAAAGGCUUACUGAAGUUGCGGAUCCAGAAGUCCUGUCCUGUCCCUUCUCCUCCCUCUGUGUCUCAUGAGGACAGCUGCAUGUGUGUGAACAAGGGUCAUCCCUGUCACACCCCUCAGGACUACAGGCUCUCUGCUGACCCUAUCACCACCACACAGAUAGACCCCUCAAUAGAGCUUCUGUGGUCCUUCCCUGCACCCACCGCUGCCUGUGCCCUCGCUGCGCCCUGCGGGUCGCGGCCGAGUUCGGAAACUGCCCGCUGUGUCGCCAGUCAAUCAGAUACAGCGAUGAGGAGAGUGGAUAAAAAGUUGACCGACCGAUGGGGAAAGGAGGGAGAAAAGCAAAGAUGAUCAAAUCAGCAUUAUAUUAGUACAUAAUAUUGUAAACAUUUCCCUUGUUCUUUUUUAUAUCAACUGUCUAUUUUUCACUGUGACUUAUGUUAUUGUGUAGGCAUGUAUACUACAUGUAGGCAUGUACAUGUCACUGAAUUACAUGUUUUAUUUGUCAAUUAAUCCAAAUGUAAAUAAAUGCGCCCAAAAUGAA